ACUAAUUAAUUAUAUGAGCUAAAUUUUUUCUAAACGCUUAAUAAUCAUAAAGUAAAUAAAAUUGUAAAAAUUAAAUUAUGAUUACUUUAGUCUUUAACAAAUAUCAAGUAGAAAUGUAUAAAAUAAUAAUUUGUAUUUUCCUUGCCAUAAUUAUAUCAGAAGUUAGAGACCAAAAAUUAAAUGGUGACAAAUAUUCUGAAGCUGUGGACUUACUUAAUAAUGUUCUGUAUCAAUUGCGCCGCAGAAAUGGACCUUAUUUAACUCUUAUAGGUGUCGAAGCUGCUUAUUAUUAUAUACCACAAAUCGACUAUAGUUUCGAUACGGUUAUGUUGCUGCCAGGUGGUAAUGUUUUUAUCGAAAUGUGUACAGUGGAAAUAACAUUAAAUCUACUUGAGAAAAAAACUACUUUAAUUAUAAUUACUUGUAAUGGCCAGGAAUCGGCUAGACAAGUAUUAAAUGGCACCAUUGAAGUUUGAAUAAAAUUAUGCUUUUUACAAAUUCUUUAUUUCGAAAAUUUUUCGAAAUCUGUUAAAGUUAGGGAACUCAUUAUAAUUUAAACAAAAUUUCAAAAUAAUAUUUUAUCAGAGUAAAAUUAUAGUUCUAAUUUAAAGUAAAAAAUACCAAAAAUUUUGAAUUUUUGAACCCCUCAUUCAUAUCUAUGUAUGUCCCCCAGAAGAAAAAUGUCUAUAAAUGCAAAAUAUUUUUAUAAUUUUAUUAAAAAAUCCAAGGAAAUCUGAGAGGGAGUCUAGUAAUUGCGGAUAUUUACUAUUAUAUAAAUGUAAAGUAAUUGGACUUACCUCUUUUUAACAAAUUCGACUUCGCCUUCAAUAUUCAAUUUUAAAUUUCUGAUGGAACUUUUAUACAUUAUACAAAUGUUAUACAUAU